AUGACGUCAUACUUUUAUCUUAAUAAAACAAACGGUAAGAUCAACAACACAAAACCAGUCGACUAUGAAGUGAACCAUGUCAUUAAAUUCACAAUACAUGUUGAGGAUUGUACAGCAAAUACUAACGCGACAUGUAAUGGUUCCCGAAACGAAGAGGAGGAACGCAAACAAAUAGCGGAGAUAGACGUAAUAAUAAAUGUAAUAGAUGUCAACGACAACCCUCCGAGUUUUAUCAAAGAACGAAUUGCUACAGGAAUGGUGCAUGGAACGGAACCCGGAGAUAUACUUGGAUUAAAACUCAAAAACGAGUCAUAUGUAAAAGACAUGGACUCAAAACGAAAUGCCGCCGAUUCCUGGCACUUUUCAAACGACGGUAAUGUGUCCUUGAGCCAAGGUCUUUUGGCAUACCUACAACCUGGUACUGGCGUAGAAAACUGCACAGACGGUCAAAAGCAUCUGUUUUGUGUGACACCUAAUGGCACAAUUAUUUCAAACAAGAUAAUUGAUGAGACUUUGGCAGGGUAUUUUACUGUACCAAUAAUUGUUCGAGACAAGGCGGGCUUUGACAAAGCAAAUGUUACGAUAUAUUUGAUAAGCAGAUUCCAAAUUUUGACCAUGAUUAUUCGGGGAAACAAAGAACAAGUUUCAGUGAACAUAGAUCAGAUAAUGAGUGAGUAUAGUGCGAUCACAGGAAAAACGUUCGUAUAUGACAAACUGUCCAAUCACAAAAAAUCAAAUGGAGAUGUGGUAACGACAAGUUCGGAUUUGGAGUUCCAUGUGGUAGAUCCCGAAACCCAGAAGGAUUGUUGGGCAUUUUAG